UCGUACCAGUAAGGCGUUCAGCAACAAGCAGACGGUGAAGCAGUGUGGGUGUUCGGAGGUCUACAGAGACUGUCUGCAGACCUUCCUGCCUGCGCUGAGCUGUCCCGUCCAGAGGGGGUCGCUGCGUAGCGCCGUCCGCUCAUUCCUCCACCGCAUGAUCAUCUGUCUGGAGGAAGAGGUCCUGCCCUUCGUCCCGGCGGCAUCAGAACACAUGCUGAAGGACUGUGAGGCCAGAGACCUGCAGGAGUUUAUUCCCCUCAUCAGUCAGAUUACUGCCAAGUUCAAGGACCAGGUAUCCCCGUUCCUGCAGCAGGUAUUCAUGCCUCUGGUCCUGGCCAUCUUUGAGGUGUUGUGUCGUCCUGCUGAGGACAACGACCAGGCAGCAGCCCUGGAGAAACAGAUGUUACGGAGAAGCUACUUUACCUUCAUACAGACGAUAACCUCCAGCGGGAUCAACCAAGUCCUGGCCAACCAGGGUGUUGAGAACAUAGAGCGUGUUCUGUUCACCAUCAUCCAGGGAGCUGUGGAUUUCCCCGAUCCCAUCGCCCAGAAGACCUGCUUCAUCGUUCUGUCCAAGCUGGUGGAACUCUGGGGAGGUAAAGACGGCAUGGCUGGGUUCCCAGACUUCAUCUAUAAACACAUCGUCCCAGCAUGCUUCCUGGCUCCUCUCAAACCAUCCUUUGAUCUCACAGACGCUCAGACAGUCCUGACGUUGUCAGAGUGUGCGCUCACGUUGAAAAUGAUUCAUCUCAGAAGAGGUCCGGAGUUUAUCCAGUACCUCCAACAGGAGUACCUGCCUUCUCUACAGGUGUCACCUGAAAUCACACAGGAAGUGUGUCAAGUGCUUCAGCAGCCAGACGCCAAGGUCCUCAAAAACUACAUGAAGGCUUUCUUUCAGCGAGCCAAACUGUAAAUACGGAGCGAACUGGACGGAUUGAGAGAGGACACUGGAAACUAAGAGGAGACUGGUAGUGAGAUAGUACCAGUCACUACGGACAGUCGGACAGAGAGACAGAGAUCUUAAAGACGGAGAGCUUAGCAUAAAGAGCGGCCUUAGCACUUCUGAAGGUAACUGCAUAACCACUCCCAUCCUGUCCACGUGGGAGGGAACGGAGCCAAGACGCAAGGACACGAGUGGUCAAGGAGGCUUUCACUGGGGGUGACCACACCCCCCUCCCCCCCCCCCCCUUCCACUGAUCCAGGCCC